GUUUGUCAAACCCUGUCACCUCAAGAUUAAAACACUCUCGUUUUAUCCUCACUUCUCAACCGUUCUCCUUUUUUGUCUCUCGUUUUUGACGUUUUACUCAACUCCCGCAAGGCCUUUCCGGUCUCCCGCUUUAUUCCGUAUCUCGGUGCCGUUCGUUCUUUCUACCUGCAAACGCAUAUUUGCACCUCAAUCUCUCAUUUCUUCCUCUCUCUCCUAUUCCAACUAUCCGCUCUCUCUCUGUCCCCCUUCUCUCCUUGGUCCUCCACCUGAGAGCUUCUUGAUUGACAGCGGAAGAAAACACCGAUCGUAUCUAAGAACUAAAUCGCACUCAACAUUACCCUGUGGCCUUGACUCGACUACCUUGUCGACGCCAAAGGCCCUCAAACGACCCCGGUCAGCAAGAGCCGAGAAAUUUGCUCUUUUUCGAUUUCUUUCUCUUCUCUCUUCACGUUCUUUAUCACUCUACAAAACACUCGCCAUGUAUGCAACAAGGGUUAUUCAGGUGCUGGUCGCGGUGGUGUCCAUCCUGUGUGUGGUACAGGCUACCUGGUGGGAUGUUCAAAAGGUUCACCACCGAGGCUUGAUUCGACGAGACGACAACCCCCUUUCUGGCCUCACCGGCGGCGACUCAUCGAGCUCUGCAGGCGCAGACGAUUCGAACUCCAGCAAAACAGCAGCUUCGAGCCCAUCUUCCACCCCUGCGCAUUCCCAGUCUGCAGCUGACGAGCCAUCAAGCUCCGCCUCCUCUCCAUCGUCUGCCCCAACCUCGGAUGCACCAUCUUCAAGUGCUAGCGGAGGAGAUAGCAGCUCUACUCCCGCGUCUACACCAGCUGGUUCUACCACUGCCAGCUCUAGCUCUGCGACUCCAGCAGCAGAUGCCUCUGGUUCUACUACCACCCCUCCCCCGUCCAAGACCACAUCUAGCAAAGGCAGCGAUGACGACAGCAGCACCGACAGCGGUAGCAGCAAGACUUCUGCUGGUGGCGAUAACAACAACGCAGCAGCAGCCACCACGACGCCACCCCCUGUUUCGACCAAGGUUGAGGUUAUCGUCAAGACCGCUAGCGAUGGAUCCAAGACAACCGAGACUACCACAACAAAGACCACCCAGACUGCGGGCCUCAACGCGGAUAACUCUAAAGCUUCUUCGGGCAUGUCGGUGCAGACUCGCAACACCAUCAUUGGCGUUGUUGUCGGUGUUGGUGGUGCCGUUAUCCUCGGCGCGCUCGGACUGGUUGCCUUCCGAGUCUGGGGCCGCAAGAAGCAUGCCGAAGAGGCUGACGGCCUCAUGGCUUACGACGUCGACAUCAGUGCCGCAGAGAAGUCUCCCCGGGGUAGCUCGUCGGGCAAUGGUCCGCGGAACCCAUUCCAGUCGACGCUGGAGAACUAUCACCAGCCAGUAAACGCGUCGGCCAACUUUUAACACAAUAAUUUUUUUUUCUUGCGGUGAGGCUGUUGUUCAUUUUGCAGCUGUUGCGGCACACGGGUAUGGUUCGCCCUAAGCAUGGGUUACGAUGUAUGUCGACAAGAUUUUGACUGGUGAUGCCGCAAAAAACUUUUUGAUGGAAACAGAGUGAAGGG